AUGAGUGGCAUCGUUUUUGUCGUGCUUGAUGAUGUGGGUUCUUCAGAACAACCACAGCGUUUGGUUACAGAUGGAAUUCACUGGGGACCUGGUAGUAGAUUCAUUGUAACAAGCAAAGACAAGCAAGUGCUAUUUGCUGGAGGAGUUCAUGCCAUACAUGAAGUCAAGGAAUUGAGCCCUAAAGAAUCCCUUAAGCUUUUCAGCUUAAAUGGCUUCCAAAAAAGCCAUCCUGAAAAGGGAGGUGAGGAACUUUCAAAAAGGGCAGUAGGUUAUGCCACGGGCCUUCCUCUAGCUUUAAAAGCUGUGGGUUCAUCUCUUUGUUCUAGAGAUAGAGGAAUAUGGGAAAGUACACUAAGAAAACUUGAGAGGUACCCCGAUCCUCAAAUUCAAGAUGUGUUGAAAACGAGCUAUGAUGGAUUAGAUGAUGUGCUAAGGGAUCUAUUUCUUGACAUUGCUUUCUUUUACAAAGGAGAAGAUAAAGAUCAUGUCAUAAGGCUACUUGAUGCCAGUAACCUUUUUGCUGCUUAUGGAAUAGAAGGACUUCUAGAUAGAGCUCUUAUAUCCAUUUCAAAUGACAAGGUAAUACAAAUGCAUGACUUAAUUCAAGAAAUGGGUUGGGAAAUAGUUCGGCAAGAAUGCAAGGAAAAUCCUAGAAAAUGUAGUCGGUUGAAGGACUUUGAGGAAGUAUAUGAUGUGUUAAAAAAUAAUAAGGGAAUUAAAGGCAUAGUAUUAUAUGCUUCUCUCUUUAAAGAUGUGCAAUUAAAUGUUGACACCUUCAAAAAUAUGACUAAUCUCAGAGUUGUCAAAUUUUACUCUCCCUGGCAUGUGAGAUCCUAUAAUAAGCACCAUCUAACAAGUUUUGAGUCAUUCUCUGACGAAUCAGGGAGCCUAGAGUGGAAUGGAUACCCUUACAAAUCUUUACCAUUAAAUUUUUAUCCUGAGAAACUUGUUUAGCAUUCUAUGCCA